AUGUCCAACCGAACCACCAUGUUCCUUCUCCUGGGAUUCUCUGAUGUUCGGGAGCUGCAGAUUUUGCACUUUGUGGGGUUUCUAGUGAUCUACCUGGCAGCCCUGAUGGGAAAUGUUCUUAUCUUCAUGGCCAUAGCCUUCGACCACCACCUUCACACCCCCAUGUACUUCUUCCUGAUGAAUCUGUCCAUCCUAGACCUUGGCUCCAUCUCUGUCACUGUCCCCAAAUCCAUGGCCAACUCCCUCAUGAACACCAGAUCCAUUUCCUAUGCUGGAUGUGUUGCCCAAGUCUUUUUCCUCGUCUUCUUGGUGGGAGCAGAUUUUUCCCUUCUCACCAUCAUGGCAUACGACCGAUAUGUCGCCAUCUGCAAACCACUGCACUAUGAGACAAUAAUGAACAGCAGAACUUGUGUUGAAAUGGCAGCCGGUGCCUGGAUCAGUGGGCUUCUCUACUCUGUGCUACAUACCGGGAACACGUUUGCAUUGACCUUCUGUGGAGGAAACAUGGUGGAUCAGUUCUUCUGUGAAAUCCCCCAGCUAUUGAAGCUCACCUGCUCUGACUCAUAUCUGAGUGAAGUUGGGGUUAUUGCAUUUAGUGUGUGUUUACUCUUAGGCUGCUUUGUUUUUAUCACUGUGUCAUAUGUUCAGAUCUUCAAAUCAGUGCUCAGAAUCCCCUCUGAGCUGGGACAGCAUAAAGCCCUAUCCACCUGCCUUCCUCACCUCACUGUGGUCUCCUUGUUUGUUUUCACUAGCAUUUUUGCCUAUCUGAAACCCACCUCCAGCUCCCCAUCUGCUCUGGAUCUUGUGGUGGCUGUUCUCUAUUCCGUAUUGAUACCAAUCAUGAAAAUGAUUGAGCUGGACGUUUACCCCAUGUCAAUCAAACACUGGGGAAAUCAAAUGACCGUCGGGGAAUUCAUUCUCCUGGGAUUUGGGAAUCUCCUUGAACUACAUGAUCUUCUCUUCCUACUGUAUCUAGUGAUCUACAUUGUGACUGUGACUGGCAAUAUCCUCAUUGUUGUGCUAGUUGUGGCUGAGCAGCACCUUCACACCUCCAUGUACUUCUUCCAGGGGAACUUGUCCUGCUUGGAGGCCUGA